CGAUUAAUCGUGACUGAGAACAGUCUAUAUAUCCAUAUGAAAUGAUGCCAUCUUGAGGGACCUUUUUUGCUUAAAGCAGCUAUAUAGAUAUGGCAAGGCCAACCAGGAAGCCUCGCAGUCCAUCUGGCCCAUCUGGUCCAUCUGGGCCUGUUAAAGCAGGUCGUGUAACCAGAGCUCGAAAGGCCGCCCCUAUCUCACCCAUCAGAAUACAAGCAGCAGAAAUAGCUGUCGACCUUGAAUCUGCGCCACCAGUUGACGGAGAUCCACCAGCGUGGGCAGAGACUCGACCUGAGCUAUGUGAUGCACUUCCCUGGUUUCGGUCUGUCCAAGGUGGGGUAUAUCAUAAUGGUGGUUUUUGCUGGGGCUUCCUCAUGGAUGCUGAUUGCGGCAUACGUUCUUAUAUCGGCGACGAAGUCAUCAUUACUAGAGUUGGUGGUGGUUGCACCAAAGAUGCAGACGGAAACUUGGUUCUCCUCAAAGACCAAGACGAAAGUUGUUUCACAACCAGCAUUAUAAAUAGCAAGGAACAUAAUGUUCCAGUCGGUUUAAUUAUAGGGAACCGCAACGUUCUUCUAGGAAGAAAGCUUCCCCAUCGAUACAAUGUGAUGGCCUACUUUCGUGUGACGGAUAUCUGGUUUGAGAGAAUUGGUGGAAAGGCUGGAGGAAAGGUACGCUUCGAAAAGAUUGACCUCGAGAACAAAAGCUGGUGGGCAGAAAAAGAUUCCCCACCACCAUCGCCCCUUGAGCAGCGGGUGGACAUCAAGCCCGAGAGGGUGCAGUGCCUGGAGUGCUCCAAAUUUAGCACACGCAUAUAUAAUGAAGGUUGGAUGUGCCUUCAACCAUCUUGUAAAUCCUUCUGGACUAUUGAUGGCUCAGUUCCCCCGGCGUGUCUCACCUUUUACCCGGACCUCCUCAAGUAUCGUGCAGCCCCGGACCCAAGUUUACAACCGCACUACAGCUUGGUCCCUAAUCUGCUGGCUACGAUAAACGAAUAUGAAGGUGAUGCCAGCCUCUCACGGAUCGCUUGGAGAGGUAUCGUAUGCCCCCAAUGCUCCAAGUGCAUAUCGCGCAGAUUCUGGAGAGGCUGGAAAUGCAUAGAUGAUGUUACUACUGGACCAGACUGCAAUGCUUGCUCAUUCGAGAAAACGAUGAAUAUCCAACCUGCCUCUUUACGCUCAGUUAUAGAUGAUUUCGAGCUGGGUCCGAUCAAGCGAACCCUUUUCUUCGAUCGCAAGUUCAUGAUUCCGGAAGUCGACGAUUCUUCGUUACAUCCAUAUCGAAAGCUCACCUAUCCCAUACCGGGUGUAGGGUUUGUCACCCAUUUUGUCUCGAACAAGGCCAUUAACAGUCGCACAAACGGACCCAACGACCUAUUCCACCAGCUCCAGGCUUCUGACCUAGGGCUGCGACGAUAUCCUUUACAGCAAAGUGUCGUGCCUGGGACACUUACUGCACACUUUGCUGUUAACUUUGGAAUGCCGUAUAAAUACGUGGUUUCCGUGGACUCUAAAGGUUUUAGUGAAGCACCUGAUGAGAUCCUACGAGCAUUGGGCCGUUUGAGUUGGGCAACCGAGAAAGCGGUUGUGGACACGGCCGAUUCAUACUUUCCACCGAACGAGCUGCUCAUGUUGGGUUACUUUGAAGACAUGAAAAUCGGUUAUCAUGAUGACGGGGAAUCGUCACUCGGCCCUACAAUCUCAACGCUUUCAUUGGGCGCAACGGCCACUAUGUACAUUCGGAUGAAGUACAAACACUACCAUGGAUUUAGUAAAACCAGAAAGCUUCUCGACGAUGACCCCGUUCUGCAAGGUUGCCGGUUUGAGAGUGAACGACGGACACUCAAGGAGCAAUUCAAAACCGGGGAAAUUACGAAGGACGGCUACGAUACCUUGCGUCGAGCGGUCCUAUUUAAACAUAGCAGAAAUGGAGAAGCGUCUCCAAUUAUCAAGAUGACGUUGAAUCAUGGCGACUUGGUCGUGAUGCAUGGAGAGAACCUCCAAAAGUACUACGAGACCCAACCACCCCCGCUUCAACGAAUGCCCAGUUACGACGCAGGAGAUGACGCUGGCUUCUUCAACUCACCCCGUUUACAAUCUUCGCGGAAAAUGAAUUGGGAGACAAGAUAUGGCGGGGGUGUUAAUGGUGAAACACAAGGUGCCGAUGACUGGGAAGACCGGUAUGGAGGGACCUCCCCUCGAACCUCUCAUGGCCGGAAUCUAUCGCAGGGCUCGUCUCGAUACCAGUAUGCGCCGUCCAUCUCGACCUCGCGCCCUUACAAUCCCCAAGAAUUCGCCCUCCCACCGACCCCGUCGCAGUUCGGAUUCAACAACGUAAAUUACUCGAGCUCGGGCACGCUCUACACAGGCAGCAAUGCGGGUGGUCACCAGCCGUACAAUCCAGCAGCAUACCAGCCAGCCGGUCUAGCUGGGUAUGGGGAUUCGCAGAAUGUCCAACGCCAGCCUAGUACUAUCGCGUCGCCUUACGCACAGACUCCCUCGACUCCGCUGUCCUUCGGGUUUCCUUCUCAGCAAAUACCGCCCCCACCGCCUCCCCGCGGGCCAGAUCAUCCCUAUGGAAGCCGUCCGUCAUAUUCUGCUGGUUCAACUGAUGGUUUAUAUGGAUCUGGUGCUGCAGCGCCAUCGCAACUGGCUUAUAGCACGACCUCCGCGUCUUCGGCCUCCAAUAGCACUGCGUAUGCUUCGAGAGACUCUAUUACUGCUACGAGUCUAGGUUCGAUAUCAUCGCGCUCAUACUCUCGUGGAUCGCAAGGAGCCGGCUACGUACCGCAAUCCCCGCGUCGCACCGCACCGACCACCUACAACGAACUACCCCCAGAGCCUCCAGCGCACUCCACCCCAACCGAUGAUAUAUUUGCAAAACGACCCAGCUUUUCUCGUCCCGCUUCCGGGCGGUCCCUGCCAACACCGCCUGGCCAGCAAUCGCCUCGCCGGACAGACACCUUAACGCGGCAUCCACAAUCCCGUCCUCUGCCUGGUCCUCCAGUGGAGACGGAUCUCGAUGCAGCGCCGGCCCCUCUGGCUGGUACGAGUGGGAUAGGUGAUUUGCAUGCUGGACCGGAAGAGGAGAUGAACUAUGACGACUUGAUGAAGGAGGUUGAGGCUGCUGUGAUGGACGGGCGGAUUGGGUUGGCGGGACGACAUAAUUCAGGAGAGUCGCGUUCUGGACAUCCCCAGCCAAUUGAGGAGGAGGAGGAGGAGGUUGACGACACGCGUAUUGCAUCGCCCCAGCACGCUUCUGAUGACAGACACGCCAAUGGCAACAUGGCCACGGGAACGGGACAAUAUGUGAACUACGAUGCGUACAGCGACGAGAGUGAUGCGGAAGCCGCGGCCGGAUUGGCAAUGCUACAAAUGGCGGAGGAGGAAGAACGUGCGGAGGAGAGUCGCCUACAUGGACGGACACGACGGGAGACGAAUGAUUCGAUAUUCAGUGCGUACGCAGCCCGUUCCUCGGACCGGGCACCUUCGCCGCACGACGAUAUUUAUGCGCACUAUGACGAUGGUUACACGCCCCAAAUGCACUAUGGACAUGACGAGUAUUACAAUGUACCCGAAUACGUUGAUGAAGCGGACGAUCACGACAGGGUUGCGGUGGGGGUUUCGGGGUCGUACAGAGAGUCCGAGAUGCCCGCUGAUGAGCAUGGUGAUUACUCUGAGGAUUAUGAAUACCAAUCCAUGCCCACCGAACCUCGCUACUCGAUCAACCAUGCUCGUGUGGACGCUGGCGGGACUGGCGGACUUGCAGAACCUGGUGCUUUUACUCGCCGCAUGAGCUUUGACUAUGGCGAUGAAGGUGAUGUCACUUUGUCUCAAGGUGCUGAUGUCUAUCGCUCAGGUAGUGAGAGUUCAGACCGAGGAGAUCAUAGGGAAUUCUUUUUCCAUCCUGGAAUGCGGCCGCUGCCACCUGCGCCUGUUGAACCGAUGGACAACGCCACUGUAGUUCCGCACCUGAUGCCGGCAGGCACGUACCGUCACCAGGACCCAAUUGACCCGACGAGCCGCACGCAGCUCACGCAGGCUUACACCCCAGACUCGUACGAACAGGCGAUGCCCAGCCCGACGCAGGUCCCGCGCUCGACUUCCUUAUCCACCCAACCCAUCGGUCCCCGUGCCGAUCCUCCCAUCCGAUCCAAGACCGACGCAGACCGCAUAAAGUACAAGCAGCAGCAGGAGCUGGUCCGCCAGUCACAGCUUGGCGGCCUCCGUGCCGACGCCUUCUUCCAGGACGCUGACCCCGCGCUACUCGAUCUCCCCACGAUCCCAGCAGCCCGACGCAAGAAGUUCAACCCGGCCAAGUUGUCGUCUGACCAUUUUAAGAGAUGUGCGGAGCCUUGGGCUCUUAGUGCGGUUGUUGCGUGGAUUCGGGAGAUGAGCGAAGGUGAAACGGAUCUGAAAGAACAUGCUAUCAUGGAUGCGUUUGUGGCGCUUUUCACGCACAAGGUUCCGACGAUGAAUAUUGCUGAUGCGGAGACGCUGGCGGCUCGCGUGGUUAAGAACAUGUUGACGGAAGAGGCUUUGAUUAAGGACGAGGAAUGGGUGAAAUUCGGCAAUGGGACGCUCUCUGGUGUAUUGUUCCAGAUCACAGGAACAGGAUGCUACUCGUCGCGAUUGCACGAGCAGGAGUCGGAAGUGUUUGGCCGUUGUUACUCGCACCACUGCAUGCGGACGCUGAAGAAGGUCAACCUGAAGGCGCAGAUGAUGGAGCCGCAGAAGAAGAUUGAGGACUGGGUGACUUUCUACAAGGUGUCCAAGGAUGUGUGGGAGUCGUAUCCGAAGAAGGAGGUCGACCGCCAGAAUAACCUGCACGAGAUUGUCACCACGGAAGAUGCUUACAUUGGACAAUUGGAUAUCUUACGGGAACUGUAUCGGGAUCAGCUGGCAGCCAUGCAACCAUCCAUCAUCACGCCGAAGCGACUGAACAAGUUCCUAACCGAUGUCUUUGGCCGAGUCGAUAGCGUGAAACGCGCCAACGAGGACUUUCUCCUCGCGCAGCUAAAAUACCGGCAGAAAGAACAGGGCCCGUUCAUCGUUGGUUUCAGCGAUAUCUUCCGCGAAUGGAUCCGCAAAGCCAAGGCAACGUAUAUCGAAUAUGCGGGCACUUUCCCGUACGCCAAUUUCCUUGUUCGCAGGGAGUCCGAGCGGAAUGUGCAUUUCAGGCAGUUCUUGAACCAGGCGCGUGAUCAUAAGUCGUCGCAUCGGUUGUCGUGGGAUACGUAUCUCAAGGCUCCGAUUACGAGGAUUCAGCGGUAUACGCUGUUGCUUUCGACGAUUUACAAGAAUACAGUUAAGGACUCGGAGGAGAAGUCGAAUCUUGCACAGGCUAUGGAGGAGAUUAAGCAGGUUGCGUUGGAGUGUGAUAACAAGGUCGGGGAAAUGAGCAAGAAGGUUGAUCUUGUUGAGCUGUCCACCAAGCUACAACUCAGACCAGAGAUGAAGAAAGAGGUAGAAUUGAAUCUCGAACACUUGGGUCGCGAGAUCAUCUUCCGGGGUGACUUGCAGCGACCAGGAACGAGAACUCGGUUCCUCGUCGAUACACAUGCCAUUCUGUUCGACCAUUAUUUUGUCUUGGCGAAGAGCGUCACGGCCCGUGAUUCAUCCAGGACAGCCAAGUUCGAGUACUUCGAUAUCUCCAAGCUGCCUAUUCCGAUGGAUCUCCUUGUUCUCGAAAGUACCAAUGAUGAUCCAGUCGUGAAGUCGUCUGUUCGCGGUGUUUCUACAGUCACACCUCCACAUGUUGUGCGCUCGGGUGCAAUGGGACCGAAUUCUCUAACACAUGCCAACAGCACCAAUUCUCUCGUUCCAAGUACAGUCCUUGAGAGUCCCAAGGAUGACAAGAUUCUGUACCCAUUUAAGAUUAAGCAUCUUGGUAAGAACGGGACGUACACGCUGUACGCCUUCUCCGCGCAAAGCCGCGCAGAAUGGUGCGAGAUGAUCACUGAAGCGAAAACGAAACACGCUGCUGCGUUGUAUGCCCAAAAUGCAGAACCGUUCCGGCUGCGCGUGCUGGCGGAUACUGCAUUCGCGAACUCUGAUCACCACGGGGGAUCUAAGAGUGUGACUAUCGAGGGCACGCCGCUUGACCGUGCGAUCAAGUCUGUGGAGGAGAAAUAUGCUGGUCCUGGACCUAGGCCACUGCCGAUUUGCAAGACAAAUGUUAAUUGUGCUACUGUCUUUCAGCAACCCCCUGGACGGAUGAUGUGUGCUAUUGGGACGGAUAACGGAGUUUACUUGUCGGAGUACAACGACCCCCGUGGUUGGGUUAGGGCCAUCCCCAUCGGGCGAGUCACCCAAAUCGCCGUCUUUGAAGAAUUCAACGCCUUCCUCCUCAUCUCCGACCGCUCCCUAGUAGCCUAUCACCUCGACGUCGUCUGCCCCUCAUCCGGCAUCUCCCAACUCCCCAGCGAAUCCGCCCGCCGCGCCCCCCAAAAGCUCUCCGGCCGCGAAGUCGGCUUCUUCGCCGCCGGCCGCAUGAAAGACCGCCUGCUAAUCAUGUACAAGAAACGCGACGGCCUCUCCUCCACCUUCAAAGUCCUCGAGCCCGUCCUCCAGAAAUCAUCCUCCUCUAAACACCGCUUCUUCACACACAUCCACGCCCGCCGCUCGCAGACGGAGUUCUUCCGCGAAUACGACGAGUUCUAUAUCCCCGCCGAGUCCUACGCUAUCAACAUGUUCCACUCAUCAUUGGCUAUCUCAACACAACGCGGUAUCGAAAUCCUAACCAUCGACAAGAAACAAACCUGGUCCGUCCCAGACUUCCGCUCCGAACAACCAGAUACUCAAGCCUAUCUCUCCUCCAUCGAACAGCGCAUCAGUAACCUCCGCCCACUCGGCAUGUUCCGUCUCUCCGACAGCGAGUUCCUAGUCGCAUACGCCGAAUGCGCGGUCUACGUCAAUAAACACGGCGACGUGAGUCGAAGCGUCGUCAUGGAAUUUGUCGGCCGCGCGCAUACAGCUUGUCUGUAUGGGAAAUUCCUCAUCCUCUUCAACGAGGAUUUCGUGGAAGUCCGCAACGCAAUGAACGGUCGUCUCCGCCAGGUGAUCCCAGGCCAUAACGUCGUCUGCCUUGACGACGGCAGUUCAUUGCCGGGCUCUGGACAGGGAAUGGGAAUGGGAAUGCCGGCUGCAGGUUUGGGUAGUGGGUUGAUGAUCGGUGCGUCGGGAGCGAUGAUGGGACAUACGGUUAAGAUAUGUAUGCAGCAUCCGGAGUAUGACAGGGGGCAGCUUGUGCUGGAGUUGGUGGAGAAUGAGGGGCAGAAGGAUUGAUCCCCUGCCCUGAGUUUGACUUCGUUUCGUUUCGUUGCAUUUAUCUAUUCGCAUUUUAAUUUGUCGGUUGGUUUGGUUAUGAGGCCUGGUGCUUGUUUUAUGUUUACUUUGGUUUUUUUUUUUUUUUUAUGAUCUGGUUUGGAUAUACCCGCUGCAUCUUGUGUCUUGUCUUGUCUUGUCUUGCAUAUCUGCAUAUCUGCAUAUCUGCAUACAUACAUACUGGUACAUAUGUGCGUGCAUUGCAUUACAUUGCAUUGCAUCUAAUGCAUAUGCUUAUUAUGAUAUAUGUCUUAUUUUCGUCUUUCUAUUUUUGAAUAGCACGUUUUUUGAUUCUGGCAUGCAUGGAUCGGAUCUUGUAUUGUCGUUGUAUAUUAUCAUGACUCGAGUGUAAAGAUACAUAUUUGUACGUACAGAACAG